GACAAAUAUUGAAAAAAAGGUUUAAAUUGACAUUGACGUUUAUCUUUCACAAAAUUGUCUUUUGUGUUUUCCGCUCCUUUUGCAAUCAUGGCGGUGAACAACAUUUCCAAAAAGCGAAAAUUCGUCGGCGACGGAGUUUUCAAGGCGGAAUUAAAUGAGUUCCUUACUCGGGAACUGGCUGAAGAUGGAUACUCGGGUGUGGAGGUGCGCGUUACACCGACCCGUUCAGAAAUCAUCAUCAUGGCAACCAGGACACAGAGCGUGCUUGGAGAGAAGGGACGGAGGAUCCGCGAGUUGACCUCAGUGGUGCAGAAGAGGUUUAACAUUCCUGAGCAGUCUGUGGAGCUAUAUGCCGAGAAGGUGGCAACCAGGGGUCUCUGUGCUAUUGCUCAGGCUGAGUCUCUCAGAUACAAGCUUAUUGGAGGUCUAGCUGUUAGGCGUGCAUGCUAUGGUGUGCUCAGGUUCAUUAUGGAGUCUGGUGCCCGAGGCUGUGAGGUGGUGGUGUCUGGCAAGCUUAGAGGCCAGAGAGCCAAGUCCAUGAAGUUUGUGGACGGCCUCAUGAUCCACUCUGGAGACCCGUGCAAUGACUAUGUGAACACUGCCACACGACAUGUGCUGCUCAGACAGGGAGUGCUUGGAAUCAAGGUAAAGAUCAUGUUGCCGUGGGACCAGCAAGGCAAGAACGGCCCCAAGAAGCCGCAGCCCGACCACAUCCUGGUGACGGAACCCAAGGACGAGCCCGCGCCCUCCGAGCCCACGUCCGACGUGCGCUCCGCCGCGCCCGCGCCUGUGCCGCCCGUGCCGGCCGUCGCUUAGCUCAUAAGCCAAUAAAUAUACUAAAACCCUA